AUAUCAGCCGAAAAGAUGCAAAGAAAAUAAAAUCUACGCGGAAAUUCUUACGUCCCCAGGAAACCCUAAUUUGGCUCUAAUAACUGCAAAGAUGGGUCUGAUAUGAAAUGUUUGAUGUUUCCUCUUAUUGAUGACAAUGCCUUUUCGUUUACUCUUAGCCAAACAUAAAAUCUUACCCUCUUUCUCUUCCAUUCUUCUUCAACGCUACCAUCAUCGCUUUUACUCUUCGGCAGCAUUACAAGUUUCAACCACAGAUCUUGUGAAUGAGAUUGCUCGUCUACUCAGUGAUCACCGUUCCCCUCACCACGAUCUACAACUUUCUCUCAAUCCUUUUUCAUCACAAAUAUCCACAAACUUGGUCGAACAGGUCUUGAAGAGGUGCAACAAUCUCGGUUUCUCAGCCCACAGAUUUUUCCUUUGGGCCAAAUCAAUUCCAGGGUUUCAGCACAGUGUCCACAGCUUCCACAUUUUAGUGGAAAUCUUAGGAAGUAGUAAACAAUUUGCCAUACUCUGGGAUUUUCUCAUAGAAAUUAGAGAUUCUUCUUGUUAUGAAAUCAACAAUGAAAUUUUCUGGCUCAUUUUCAAAGCAUAUAGCAAGGCUAAUUUGCCAGAUGAUGCAAUUCGGUCUUUCGCUAGAAUGAAUGAAUUUGGAAUUAAGCCAAGUGUUCACGAUAUUGAUAAGCUUUUGUACUGUUUAUGCAAGAGGAAGCACGUUAAGCAGGCUCAACGAUUUUUUGAUCACGUUAAGAAUCGUUUUUCGUUAACUGCUAAAACUUACAGCAUUUUGAUUAGUGGAUGGGGUGAGAUUGGUGAUUCGGAGAAAGCCCGUGAGCUGUUUCAAGCAAUGCUUGAGCAAGGAUGUGCAGUGGAUUUGCUUGCAUAUAAUAGUUUGUUAGAGGCUCUUUGCAAAGGAGGUCACGUGGAUGAAGCUACAAAUGUUUUUUAUGAUAUGCUGUCAAAAAAGGUUGAGCCAGAUGCUUUUACUUACUCGAUAUUCGUUCUCUCAUACUGUGAUGCAAAUGAUAUGCAUUCAGCUUUCAGAGUUCUUGAUAGAAUGAGGAGGUAUAGCCUUUUGCCUAAUGUGUUUACGUACAAUUGUGUUAUAAAGCGACUUUGUAAGAAUGAAAACGUGGAAGAAGCUUAUCAAUUGUUGGACGAAAUGAUGUCGAUGGGAGUAAAGCCAGACACUUGGAGUUAUAAUGCAAUACUAGCUUACCAUUGUGAUCAUUGUGAGGUCAAUAGAGCCCUAAGGUUAAUGUCUAGAAUGGAAAAAGAUACUUGUCUCCCUGAUCGCCAUUCGUAUAACAUGGUGCUCAAAUUGCUGAUUAGGAUAGGAAGGUUUGAUAAGGUAACUGAAGUUUGGGAGAACAUGGGGGACAAAAAAUUUUAUCCUUCUGUUUCAACAUAUUCUGUCAUGAUUCAUGGUUUUUGUAAGAAGAAGGGAAAGUUGGAGGAGGCAUGUAAGUAUUUUGAAAUGAUGAUUGAUGAAGGAAUACCGCCAUAUGUUACUACCGUUGAGUUGCUGAGGAAUCGGCUCUUGGGUUUUGGUCUUUUGGAUCACGUAGAAAUACUGGCAGAUAAGAUGAGGCAGAGCACUUCCUGUUCAAUUCAAGAAUUUGCAAAUAUUAUGGUUGGUCAUAGAACAGCUCGUAAAACUUUGAGACAUGAUGAGAUGGACAUAGAAAGUGACUGAAGAAGUGACUAUUUGUUUCUCAAAGUACUGUGACAUUUGUAAAAAAAAUGCUCUAUGCUAUUCUGACAAAUAUAUAGAGGCUGUCAUUUCAUUGCAGCAGAGCACAUAAUGUAGAUGCUAUUUCUGUGGGCUAUGGUUAACUCAUGCAUUUCAAGGUGCUAAAUAUAAUUAUAAUUAUUUAAUUUUACCUGUGUGACAUAUUUCAGAUGCCCGGUACCUCCUAGAAAAUUUUCAUGGAACACUUAGGUUUCUAUAUCUUGAAGAAAUUACUGUCUUGCAGAUUUAGGAUGGCAGAGCUUGAUAUUACAAGUUUGAUAGUUUCAGGAGUCUUUCCUUGCUGGAUAUAUCUUGCUCUAUAGGCUAUAGUACCAUUUGUUUGGCAUGUCACUAGGCUCCAGCCAGUUCCAUUUCAUUGACAGUUAGACACCUACCAUUGCAACAGAUGGGUUUUGAUUGUUAUCAGGAUAGAAAGUUGCUGCUGCUUUAUUCCAUUGAUUUAAACAUCAAACUGUAAUAAAUGAACAGUGGAAGAUUACUUACACAGAUUAGGGGCAUAGUCUGUAACAGGUGGCAAUGAAAAGGGAAAAAAUCUGAAAAUUUUCCAAAUGAAACCAAAAACAAAGCUGCUGCUGAACUCUUGCAUAACAAGACUUGAUAUUCAGGUUGGCCAUAUAACAAAAGCUCAAAAGCAUCCCAAUGCAGAUUCAUUAUAUGUGGAAGAGAGAUUUGUUGGUGAAGAACUGAAAUGUAGGAUUCAAUCAGCAAAAUGGAAAAUAAAUUGUGUCAGUGGGCUUGUCAAGUAUGUCACUUGAUGAAAUGUAGGUUUCCGUCAAUCAGGAUCUGCAUGUCAUUUUUGUAAAACAACUUUUGAACUUUGAAGGCUGCUUUAUCUACUAGUUCGUUAGUAACACCAUUAGCCUUCUUCAUAACUGAAAGGCACAGUCCUUUGCAACCCCAAUACCAAGCUUGUUGCGUUCAAUGAUGAUCGUGUCAAGGUAAGGAAAGACAUGAUGCCUUCGCUCCUACUUCAGGAUCUUGGUGCAUAGUUUGAGAUGCCUGUUAAGAGUGCAUGGUUAAGUAUUUCUUUCAAUUGCUUUGCAAUUCCAGAUCAAGUUGGCUACCCAUUUCUGCUCAUAUUGGAGAAUUGGAGGUGUUCCUGAUGAAAUGCUAAACUCAGGAAAGGUUUGGCAAUCUUUGCAAGUCGAUCUGCACCCAAACAAACGAUCAAGUGACCUGAUACAAAAGUAUUCCUUUCACCUCAUUAGCAGGCUUUUUUUGUAAGGUGUUUGAAAAUUUGGUUUUAAAGCAAAGUCGAUGACAUCGUGUCAUCUAUGUAGUCGAAUUCACCUAAUGAGAUAAGGUUUGAUUGUUGUUGUUAUUGAUGUAUCUUUAGCACCGAGAAUCUGGCUUGCUGAAAUGGUAAUACUCCUCAUGUUGGCCACAAGUGUAGAAUUAACUUGUUUAUUCGAUUUACAUUUUUUUUUUUCAUUAUUGCUGGAUUUAGAUUGCGGUCGAGCCACAUUGUUGCCAUUAUUGAUUAAAUUUGAAUUCGGUCUCAAGGUACUCUUGCCAUGUU